AUGGCAGAUUACGAGGAAGGAGAGAGGUGGUCAAAAGGAUCAGAAGACCAUGCUGCAGAAGCAAUGGCUGCUGAUAUGGACCCCUGGAUAAUUUUUGAUGCAAGAAAGACUCCACGUGCUGAGUUUGAAGAGUGGCUAGAAACGUAUCGUCCUUCCAGGGUCUCUCGUUUUGGUAAUCCUGAGGAAGGAUCUGGACCAGUGGGGUGGUUGGCUGUGUAUGGCCCUGGUUAUUGUCCACAGAUUGAAGGUGGAAAAGAACUUCAGGAUGCCUGGGACAAGCUUCAGAGCACAGGACGCAAAAUCAACUAUGAACUUGUGCGAGAACUGGCGCUUAAUUAUGGUGUAAUAUCUGGAAAAUGGCUGAUGCAUUUAGACACAGGCUUUAAAGUUGACCAUGCAUGGCGUGGAAUAGCCACUGCAGUGAUAGAAGGUCGCCUUAGCGUAGCAAAAGUAAGUCCUUAUCAGCCAGAUAGCAAACAUGUUAUAUGUGUGUAUACAAGUGACUUUACAGAUGAGGAAAGCAUCAUGCAAACAGACGCUGUUAUCCGCAGCUCAGGUGUGAAAUGCCUACUAACUUACAAGCCAGAUGUGUACACUUACCUGGGCAUCUAUAGAAACAACCAGUGGCAAAUAUGUCCCACCAUCUAUGAAAGUCGAUAUGAUCUGGAAUGCAUCCCUCGGAGAUCCAGAGUUACUAACAAAAUUACUAACAUAGAAGUGACAUAA